ACAAAAAUGGACAACGUUGGAAAUUUGGACCUUGCGUGGUGUCAAGGGUACAAUGGUGGAGAAGCUCAGUAUAUCGACGGUGAUGUUCUAUGUUAUCAAUGUGGUCGGAAUAUUAAAAUAAUAGCUGAAGAUGGAGUGGAAACAGUGUUCGCUUUUAAAGGACAAGGUGUAGGACCCAUAGCUGUUCAUAAAUUAAACAAACACAUAGCAAUAGCUGAAUAUUGUAUAAAUCCUAAAAUCUAUAUUUAUACCUACCCUACAUUUAGAGAACAUAUGGUCUUACAAGAUGGCGCCAAGUUAGAAUAUCAGAAAUUGACAUUCUCUAACAGUGAAUAUUUAGCAGCUAUUUCUGGACUACCAGAUUUCGAACUUAUUUUAUGGAAUUAUGAGAAAGGAAUCAAACUAGCCACAGUUCAUAUUGGAUCAGAAGUUCCAACCAGUUUAGGAUUUGAUCCGUGUAACUGGCGUCAACUCUGUCUAACUACAGUCGACUCCAUUACAAUCUGGCAGACUGAACAAUGUAAUGAUCAAUAUGUCAUCUUACCACAUAAAGUGCGAGUACCGGUGGCUGACCCCUCACAAGAAAUUGAUGAUGAAAAGGAUCAAGAUAGAUCACCAACUCGGGCCUCCACUAGAAUGAGUCGAUAUACAGUCGACGUACCGAAAGCGGCCAUUGCUGGUCUGAUAGGAGAUAAUACAGAAUAUUUACAAACUAUACAAGAUAAACUAGAACGAUGUUCACCUGUUUCACAAGCCUGGACACCAACAGGUGAUGUUUUUAUCGGCUGUCAAGGGGGACAACUAUUGAAAGUAAAUGAUGAAGUAUUUAAAGCUAGAGUUAUGUAUUAUCCACCAAAACGACCAGAAACAGCUCAUACCCGAGCAUCUAGUGCCGUAGAACCUGGUAGUAGAAAAACAACUUUAACAGAUAUACAACCAAUAGCUGAAGAGGAUGACAAUCUAUUAUUACAAGGCUGUUUAACUACACUAGGCUUACAUAGAAAAGGUCUAUACGCUGCAGGCGAGGAUGGAGUACUGAGAUUGAUUGAUAUUAAAGGAAAUGAAUUCCGUAUCUUAGAACAUUGUGUUAUCGGUGAACCAGUUACCAGUAUGAGUUUUAAUCCAUCUUAUAAAAAUAUAGUGCUCGGCUCUAGUCAGGGCUCGUUAUUCUUGUAUACGCCUGAUGAAUCUACUUGUGCCAAUAGAUUAAAAUCAAGUCACUUUGGUCAGUUUGUGGGAAUCGGGUGUUUAGCCACACCCUCAGAUAUUCUGAUUAGUGUGAGAGAAGAUGGUGAAAUACAGGCAUGGUCGUAUGAUAGAGGAAUGUUAUUAUCAACUCUGUCUCUGGAAACUACGACUGUUAGUUUAUCAUGUAGUCCAAUGACUCAUCUGGUAGCAGUAGGAACACAGACUGGAUUUGUCUACUUUAUAGACUACACUAACUUCCAGUCUCCUCGUAUAGUAGAUAGAAUCAGAAUGGCUCGAGUUCCUAUCACACAUUUACAGUUUUCAUCUGAUGGAGACUAUUUAUUAGUAGCUGGUAAUGAUCAACAUGUUUAUAUUAUAGAUGGUAGACCCUCUACUAGGUUUGAUGUAUUAGGAUAUACUGAAUUUGAAGGAGAUAUUAUAGAAUUUGAAGGAGAUAUUAUAGAAUUUGAAGGAGAUAUUAUAGAAUUUGAAGGAGAUAUUAUAGCUAUGACGUGUAUAAACAGUAAUAAAGAUGUAAAAGUUGUCGUGACAACCAGUACCCAUACUGAUAAACGAUCUGGUGCCAAUAAACUAAUAUAUUUUACCAUUCCUGCUGAUAUUACUACAGAUAUAAAAGACAAACAUGAAAGUUUAAAGGGAAGAUUUAAAGAUGAGGCUAUCAAGAAGAUGAACCUCCAUCUCACCAUACCUUCAUACGGAGCUUCUAUUGGUGAAAAUAACACUCUCUACACCAUCUCACAAAACUCUAAAAAAAUCAUCUCCAUGGCUUUACCUGAUGUCAAACCCAAAAAGUUGACAAGUCCUGAAUCGUAUUUAGUACCAGCUAGUGAUGUGCCAGGACAUCAGCUUCCUGGAGGACAUCUGGUUCUCUCACCACAUGGGAAAUGGUUGGCAUCAUACAGCACUGAUGGGAACGUCAUCUUCAGAUCCAUUGGAACCAUGGAUAAAACAGUUUAUAUAACACCACAUGAAUAUAAUUAUAAUGGAGUACGUGAAAUCUGUUUCUCUGAGGACGGACAGAAAUUAUUUACUGUCGGUUUCGAUGGCGUCCUGACAGCCUCUUUCUGGAAUUUCACGUCAACUGGAAUGACGAAAGCAAAAUCAGCGAUAGAAAAUGCUCGAAGUAGAAAGAUGAGAUUGAUGGGACCCCAACAACAGGAAGAUGCAGCAAUGGCCGCCAUGACAGGAUGGGUCCAUCCUGCCUCAGCCUCUAGAACUAACUCUACUUUAGAUAGAGAAGAAAGGGAGAAGAUAGAACAAGAGAAACAGGCAGCUUUAGAAAAUGAAGAAAUAUUUACGACACCAGUUCCGACAAAACGUAUUGAUAAUACUUGGCUAGAGGAUAACCAAAUUCUGGCUAUACUAGAAGAAGAUAAACAAUACGCAGAUAAAAAACAUAAUUUACGAUGUCAGAUUAGAGACAUCAGAAAAUCAAUUCAACAAAUGAUGUUAUUGAAUGAAUCACAACCAGACAUUGAGAAACUAAACAGACAUGAAUUUGAUCUUGAUAUUGAUGAACAGACACGACUACAGGCACUGGGAGAGGCAGAAGUUCAAAGGGUGCGUGAGGAAAUAGAAUUUGAGAAUCUGGCGAAGAUGUAUCUACGUGAAAUGAUUUACAAGGAAUGCUGGGAAGAUAUGAAGGUUAAAGGUCGCUCUAUACAGGCGUAUAAUUCCUCGCUGGAGGUGGCUAACUUUCCUCUGAAAGAUAGACGUAAGGAAAGCCUGGAGUUAUUAGAAACAGUUCAGACCAGGAGACAGAUGGAAAUAUCUGCUGCAGAGGCAACUAAAGCUGUUUUAGAACCAACUUUAAAAUCAACAUCUACUGCAGAUGAAGAGGUUUUAGAAGGAGAAGAAUUGGAGGAGAAUAAUACAGAACAACCGUCUACAACUGGUAGUCUGGGUGCCCUGUAUGGUGGAGGUAGUGAUUUAUUCUAUAGUCAGUUUGAUCUACACAGUCGUGAACAGAAGAUUUCACAGAUAGUUCUAUUGGAGGAUGCUCUGUACAGAAUAAAAGUAACAUUUAACAAGGAAUUUGAUGAAGUUUACCAGAAAAAAGAACAAGAAAUUCAGAAAAUAAAAGAUAAAAAUAAAAGAAUAAAGAAAAUUAUAGAAGAUUUAGAUUUAAAGGAAACAGUAGUCGAACCUGAACUGGGUGUUUUAGAAAAACCAGAAUUACUUCUUACAGUCAAAGAUUCCGAGGUUACAGUGGAGAAGUUCCUGACUCCUGAACAGAAGAAACAAGCUGAAGCCAAACAGAAAGCAGAAGAAGAAAGAAAACUUCGUGAAAAGGGAGAUAAUAUCCGAGAGAGAGCGUUAGACAUGAUGAUGGGAGGAGUACUGGAAAUUAAAAAAGAAGAUGAACUCAAAAAGGAUGUCCCUAAACCAUUAUUUAUGACAACGAAAGAGUCUGAAGAAUGGACAGAAGAGGAGGUGAAAUCAGCUAAAGAAUAUGAAAAGAAAGUUCAGGAUUUGAAGGAAGAAAGAGAAAAAUACAGAAAGCAAUUAGAAACAGAGUUACGUAAAUUAGAACAGGUGAUAGCUGAUAAUAUGACUGGUUUUGAUGAAGUUUUAAAUCAAUUGUUUAUGAAGAAAGUGAAAGUUAUGAUGGUUUUAUAUCAGGAAGAUCUAAAGAUCAACAGGUUGAGGUAUAAUUUAUUAUUAGAAGAGGAAUUAGAAAUACAAGAACAUGAACUAAAUGCUAAAUUAGAACACAAGAGAGUUUUGAAGCAAUUGACUACAGAAGCUGUGAAUGAGUCGAAGAAAAACCUGGAGAAAUUCCGCGACGAUUAUGAUCGAUUGUUGGCGGAAGAUAAAUUAAUGGAUAAAACUUUCCGAAGAGAAUUUAACGAUGUUUCUGCUGUAAUGGCUGAUACUUUAUUUAAAUUAUUUAAAAAGAGGCCUAGAGGUCAGAAGUUUAAAGGAGCAGAUACACCAGUUUUAGAUCCGUCAGCUCCCAAUCCAUUCGCUGAACGACCAUCUACAGCACGUCAAAAUGCUCAGAGUAAAAUAGCCAUGGAACAAGCUAUAGAGGAACUGGACAGACAAUCUAACAUGCCAGAGAACUUGGAAGUCCAGAUCUGGGAACGUCUUUGUCAUUAUCGACGGGAAAAAAUAGAGAGUGAACAACUGGUAAAAACUAAAGCUUUAGUUCUAGCUGAAAUGAAUGCAUUUUUACAAAAACGACAAGAAGAGGAAGAUAGUUUGAGAAAUGAAACUGAAGAUAUAAUGACACAAAUAAACAGAUUAAGAGAAGACCGUCAAAGAUUUACAAUUAAUUUAGAAGUUCAGUUAUUAUUAAAACAAGGUCAAGUAGAAGUUGAUGCAGGAAGAUUUGUCCAUGAUUUUAAACCUAGUGCUCUCUUACAUCGCAGUGUGGUAGAAGACCUGAAUAAAACUAUUAAACAAUAUGGAGAGAAGAAGAUAGCUAGUAUGAUGGACAGUAAAGAUUUUAGAAAAGGAAUAAUACAGUUAGAAUGGGAACACAAGAGAAUGUUAAUGGAAAUGGAUGAUCUACAGAAUAAAAUGAAAGAUAUACAGUUUAUGAAGGUUACUAGAGAAAUACAAGCUUAUCUGAGUGAGAAAGAUUAUGUAUCGAAGAAAACUCAAGAUAUUUUAAUUUUGGAGCAAACCUUACAACUACUCAAAAAGACACAUGAGAAGAACGUCAGUGAAAAAAGAAAAAUAUUAAAAGAUUUAAAUAAGACGAUACGAACUAAGGAAUCUUCUAAUCAAGACCUAGAUAGUCAACUGACUGAGAUUAAUGUUUCAGUUAAUGAAAGAAAACAUAUUGAUGAUGUUAAUGCUGAAAGAAGACUAGAUACAGGAGCAGAGAAAAGAUAUAAAGAAAUAGUACAGAGACGAAAAUUAGUAGAUUUAGCCAAGGCACAGGCCCAGGAAGUGGCUGUAUUACGUGCUGAAGUAGAACGGUUAAGAAUGAGAACUUUCCCUGCCUUAGUUCAGGCCUGGGACUCCCAUAAAGCCAAAGAUUGUAUCAGAGUUCCUAACGUACAUUUAAGAGAAAGGAAACGAAAGGAACUGAGGGAAGAAUGGGUCCUUCUGUAA